AGCUCCGAAGGCCACCUUCCCCUCAAUGUGCACCUCAGCUGCCUCGUUUCGAAGCUGCGGUGAUCUGAUUGGCCCCGCCGCGCACCUUGUGGGCGGGGCCAGUUCAGGGUCUCGCGCGUGUUGUGGAGGCGUCGGUGACAUCAAGGAGUCGGGCCGCUACAAAGUGACGAACAGAGGCCACUUUUAAGCGAAGAGGAGACCCACACAGCGGGCUCGAUAAGUAUUUUAAUAUCGAUACGUCGUCGUUUUGCUUUUACUUGGCUUAAUAGAAGAAAAAAAUAAAAUAAAAAUAAAGUGCUAUUUUGCAGCGAAAAUGAACUCCCCGGACAGGUGCGUUGACAGGUUAAUUACCAGCGAAGUUACGCGUUGGUUUCACCUCGCGUCUUUAGAUGGACGCGUCUGUUGAUUUGAAAUUCACCAAGUCAACGUCCGAAAGAAGAACAUGGAGCAGAAGUGUUAUUUUUCUUGUGGAAGCGAGUCGUCGUCGUCGUCGUCGUCCUCCGGCUCGGACACGAUGUCGGAGGGCGAAGAAGAAGAAGUGACGCCCGAGCUGGACGUCCAAGUUCCCGGAGACGAUGCUCGCGACGAGCCGGAGGAAGACGCCGAGCCCCCGGGGGGCGAGGACAGCGGGGACGAGCCGGAGGAAGACCCCCGGGAAGACCCGCAGGAAGACCCGCAGCCUCCGGGGGGCGAGGACAGCGGGGACGAGGACGAGGACGAGAAGUUGGACCACAUCCUCUACCCUUCCUCCGCCUACCUCAGGAAGUCCAGUAACCCCGAGCUCUCUCACGGAUUAAGUCCCGCCCAGAAAUUUCGGCGGCAGCUCGGCGAGGACGGAGCGAGCGUCCGCAGACGGAGCCUCGGGGGGGGUCUCACAGGAAAGUACCUCCUGCUGCCCUCCGGCCACCAGCCGGCGCAGACGCCGUGGCUGCCGUCGCCGGACGCCUCCAACCUGCUGCGCAUGCGUUCCAUGAACCUGGGGAAGUCCGACCCCUCCCUCACCUCCAGCCUGAAGGAGCUGAGUCUUCCUCGAAGAGGCAGUCUCCUGACUCCCCGAAGCUCGAGCCCCACUCCCACUAGCCCCUGCAGCCCCUGCAGCCCGCUGCACGCGUUCCAUUUCUGGAGCUGCAGAACGAGCAACAGGAAAAGCCUGAUAGGAAGCGCUCAGUCUUCAGGUCUCCCGCGACCUCACUCCCCCCUCUCAUCUCUCACAGGAACGAGCCCCCAGGACAGUCCCAGGAACUUCUCCCCGAGCGCCUCCGCUCACUUCUCUUUUGCACGAAGUCAUUGCCACAGAGCAGACAGGACCGAUGGUCGCCGCUGGUCGCUGGCCUCGCUCCCCUCCUCCGGAUAUGGAACCAACACGCCGAGCUCCACCGUCUCAUCAUCCUGUUCAUCACAGGAGAAGCUGCACCAGCUGCCCUUCCAGCCUACGCCCGACGAGCUGCACUUCCUCUCCAAGCACUUCUGCACCGAGAGCAUCUCCGGGGACGAGUGCCGCAGAGCGAGCGCCAUGCGACCCCGCUCGCGCAGCCUCAGCCCCGGGAGAUCUCCAUCGUGCUACGACCAUGAGAUUAUCAUGAUGAAUCACGUCUACAAGGAGCGCUUCCCCAGGGCCACGGCUCAGAUGGAGGACAAGAUCCAGGAGAUCAUCCGCAGCAACUCUCCAGAGAGCGUCCUCCCGCUGGCGGACGGCGUGCUCGGCUUCGCCCACCACCAGAUCGUCGAACUGGCCCGCGACUGCCUGGAGAAGAGCCGCCUCGGCCUCGUCACCUCCAGCUACUUCUGCGAGCUCACCGACAAGCUGGAGAGGCUGGUGCAGGAGUCCACCGAGAGGUCCGAAAGCGAGGAGGUGAACGUCAUCCGAGAGCUGGUGAAGAAGAUCCUCAUCAUCAUAGCCCGACCCGCUCGGCUGCUGGAAUGUCUGGAGUUUGACCCAGAGGAGUUUUACCACCUUCUGGAGGCCGCCGAAGGACACGCUAAAGAGGGCCAGGGCAUCAAGACGGACAUCCCUCGUUACAUCAUCAGCCAGCUGGGACUCACCAGAGAUCCUCUAGAAGAGAUCGCUCAGCUGACCAGCUGUGACAGCGGGAUUGCAGAGACGCCGGAAACGGACGACUCGUCUCAGAGCCUCAGCACGGCCCUGCGCUGCCGGCGUAAACCCUGCGAGUUGGACUUUGAGAUGACGAAGCUCAUCAGCAACGGCGCCUACGGAGCCGUUUAUCUGGUCCGUCACAAGGAAACGAAGCAGCGGUUCGCCAUGAAGAAGAUCAACAAGCAGAACCUGAUCCUGAGGAACCAGAUCCAGCAGGCCUUCGUGGAGAGGGACAUCCUCACCUUUGCCGAGAACCCGUUUGUGGUGUCCAUGUACUGCUCGUUUGAGACCCGCCGGCACCUGUGCAUGGUCAUGGAGUACGUUGAAGGCGGCGACUGUGCCACCCUGCUGAAGAACAUGGGUCCUCUCCCCGUGGACAUGGCCCGCAUGUACUUCGCCGAGACGGUGCUGGCUCUGGAGUAUCUCCACAACUACGGCAUCGUCCACCGGGACCUCAAGCCAGACAAUUUGCUGGUAACGUUGAUGGGACACAUCAAGCUGACGGAUUUCGGCUUGUCCAAAGUGGGUCUGAUGAACAUGACCACCAACCUGUACGAGGGCCACAUAGAGAAAGACGCCAGGGAGUUCUCCGACAAGCAGGUGUGCGGAACCCCGGAGUACAUCGCGCCCGAGGUGAUCCUCCGGCAGGGCUACGGGAAGCCGGUGGACUGGUGGGCGAUGGGCAUCAUCCUCUACGAGUUCCUGGUGGGCUGCGUGCCCUUUUUCGGGGACACGCCGGAGGAGCUGUUCGGACAGGUCAUCAGCGACGAAAUCAACUGGCCCGAGGGGGAGGACGCCCCCCCCCCUGACUCCCAGGAGCUCAUCGCCUUGCUCCUGCGACAGAACCCUCUGGAGAGGAUGGGCGCAGGGGGAGCCGCCGAGGUGAAGCAGCAUCAGUUCUUCUACAACCUGGACUGGAACAGCCUGCUGAGGCAGAAGGCCGAGUUCAUUCCUCAGCUGGAGUCGGAGGAUGACACCAGCUACUUCGACACUCGCUCGGAGCGGUACCACCACCUGGAGACGGAGGAAGAGGACACCAACGACGAAGACUUCAACGUGGAGCUGCGGCAGUUCUCCUCUUGUUCUCACAGAUUCUCCAAGGUCUACAGCAGCCUGGAUUUGUCCCGCGGGCUCCUGGAGGAGAAGGCGGAGACCGAGGGGAAGAAGAGCGAGAGCCCGCCGACGGUCGACUCCCUCAGCUGGACGCCGGACUUUGCUGAAAUACCCUCGCUCUCCCACUCCACGGACACGGACGGAACCAAUCGGGGGCCCCGGCCCGACCUGCUGCCAAAGUUCGCCAUCUCGGCGGAGAGCGAAGGCGACGAGACGUCCGGCCUCGGGGACCCCAGCAAGACCUCCUUCUCCACGGGGGAGCUCCCGCAGGACGAGCCCGACGACACCACCCCCGGCAGCACGCACAGCGGGGCCACGCUCUCUGGGAGUUUCUCGGAACAUCUGGACCAGUUGACGCCGAGGGGUGACGAGAUGGAGAGCCCCGACGGCGCCGCCCUCGCCCCCGCCCCCGCCCCCGGCUCCCUGCGGCCCGACAGCGCGGCGCAGAGGAGCGGAGCCGUGGCCAGGGUCCCCAAAUCCGCGUCGGCCGGCGCCCUGUCACUCAUGAUCCCCAGCGACGUGUUGGGGGCGUCUCCGCUGGCCAGCCCCCUCUCCCCCUACUCCCUCUCCUCGGACCCUUCCUCCAGGGACUCCUCGCCGAGCCGCGACUCCUCGCUCUGCAACGCCGUCCCGCGGCAGCCCGUCGUCAUCCACAGCUCGGGGAAGAAGUUCGGCUUCACGCUGAGGGCCAUCCGGGUGUACUCCUGCGACGGCGACGUCUACACCGUCUACCACAUGGUUUGGAAUGUGGAGGACGGCGGGCCCGCCCAUAAAGCAGGGCUUAAAGCCGGAGACCUGAUUACUCACGUGAACGGAGAACCGGUGCACGGCCUGGUCCACACGGAGGUGGUGGAGCUCCUGCUCAAGAGCGGCAGCAAAGUGACCAUCUCCACGACGCCGUUUGAAAACACUUCGAUAAAAACGGGUCCGGCCAGAAGGAACAGCUACCGCAGCAAGAUGGUGAGGUGUGCCAAAAAGCCCAAGAAGGAGAAGACACCCGAAAGGCGUCGCUCCCUCUUCAGGCGCUUCGCCAUGCAGCCGUCUCCCCUCCUGCACACCAGCCGCAGCUUCUCCUCCCUCAACCACUCUCUGUCAUCUGGUGAGAGUCUCUCCGGCUCCCCCACCCACAGCCCCCCCCCUCGUUCCCCCACCGCCGCCUUCCGCCACGCACCAGAAUUCACCCAGUCAGGUGGCAACUCGUCCCAGAGCAGCUCCCCCAGCUCCAGCGCCCCGAACUCCCCGGCGGGCUCGGGCCACAUUCGGCCCAGCACCCUCCACGGCCUCGGCCCCAAGCUGCCGGGUCAGCGGCUCCGGCAGGGGCGCCGCAAGUCCGCCGGCAGCAUCCCCCUCUCUCCUCUGGCCCGCACGCCGUCGCCCACCCCCCAGCCGACGUCUCCUCCGCGCUCCCCCUCCCCCCUCCUCGGGGGCGCCCCCCACCCCGCCUCCAAGCCGGCCAAGAUACACUCCCCGCCCACCAUCGUGCGCCACAUCGCGCGCCCCAAGAGCGCCGAGCCCCCCCGCUCGCCUCUCCUGAAGCGCGUCCAGUCCGAGGAGAAGCUGUCCCCAUCGUACGCCGGCGAGAAGAAGCAGCUCCUGUGCCCCAGGAAACGCAGCCUGGAGGUGACCCAGGAGGAGGUGCAGGAUGAGGAGCCGAGGCCCGGGGAGCGGGAGCACGGCGCCCUGCAGAGCGCCGAGGAGACGGCCGUCCACCGCGUCCGACCCGUCGAGCAGGGCUGCCUGAAGAGGCCCGCCGGCCGCAAGCCGGGCCCCCAGGAGUCCGCCGAGGAGCUCGACCGGGAGGCGCUGAAGUCCAAGAUGGUUGCCAAGCGCCAGGACUGGUCGGAGAGGAGAGAGUCGCUCCAGAAGCAAGGCGCCCUGCGCGAGGCCGAGCCGGCGUGUGGCGACGACAGGGAGGACGGCUUCCUCCUCCUACGUGGCCCGAGCAAAACCCACGGCGGCCCGGACCCCGGCCCCCCGGAGGGCAGGGCGGCGAGCGCGACCCUCAAAGACGUGCUGUACAAGAAGCUCGGCGCCCGGGCGCCCGAGGGCGAGCCGUGCGGCGGCUGCUGCGAGGGCGACGCGGCGCUCCGGUCGGCCCUCUGCAGAGCGGCCAAGGACAACGUGAAGCCCGACAGGCUGGACUUCAAAGCCCCCGGCGUGGAGUUCACCAGGAAGAGGCUGUCCUUCGAGGAGCGAGAGGACUGCGCCUGCCGGCUCUCGCCCGGCAUGCACGAGAACCUGCACUUUGGCUCCACCAGGUCCAAGAGCCUCCAGCUGGACGCGGCUCACGAGCACGUGAAGGCGGCGCUCGCCAGCGUGCAGUCCAGCCCCGAGGGUCUGUCCCCCAAGCUCUUCUCCGGCAGGGGGGAGAGCGCCGUGGAGAAACUGCAGCUCAUCUCCUCCGCCGAGCCCCCGCUGCGGAAGACGUCGUCCGAGUACAAGCUCGAAGGACGCCACGUGUCCUCUCUCAAGCCCCUGGAGGGCACGCUGGAUAUCGGGCUGCUCUCGGGGCCCCGGGUUUCUAAAACGGAAACCUGCUUAUCCAAAAUGGCGGAAAGUACGAGCGUCGGCUUUUCCUCGGGUCCUCCGAUUUGGCUCCAGAACCCUGUUGAGAAACAAAUAACGAUCCCUCAGGUGAGAACUGCGGACAAGCUGAAGAGCCCCGAAGCGGUUCCUUCUCCGAAUGGCGUCGUGGCCUCCAAGGAUCCAUCAAACAAACUUAAAAGCAGCACCACGGGCGAUGAAGCACGAGACGGACACGCCGGCGCGCCGCAGCCUCCAACCAGCGGAGCGGAGGCGUCGAGCUUCGCCGCCAAACCGUCCGUGAAGUGCGGCUCCUCGCCGGCCCACGACCACAGGGGCCCCCGGCACGCCGCCCACUUCUCCUCCUGCGGGCAGACGCCGUCCAUACGGGAGGUCAGCAACGAGGAUCAGGAGGAGGAGGCGGAGCCGGCGGAGGGCGCCCUGGCUUCGGCGAAGCCGGACGCGAAAACCCGGGAGGCUCCGGCCGCGGCGCCCACGGGCGGACCUCGCAGCGAGGGGAACGCGCCUCCCAACGCGCGGGGCAGCUCCUCGCCCGCCGCCGCCGCCGUUCCCGAGAGCGCCCCCUCACCGCAGAAACCGCCUGGUUCUGUGGAGGAAGGGAACACCAGGGAGAAACCCGUCGGGUCGGCCGUGAAGGCGCUCGCCGCCGGAGGCCGGAAGCAGGAGGUCAACGCGGAGCAGCAGAGAGAAGCUUCUGGAGCAAACAUGGUGGCCUCUUUGAAUGUUGUGACCCUGACGACAGACACAAAGAAUGUCGCCGCUGUGAAAAUCCCUCCAGCCGAACGAAACGAACGCCGCCCCGCUCAUGUAGAAGAAGCCAUCGGCGCGAAGGAAAGCGCCGCGAAACACAAGUGCCCCCCCCCGGCCGCCGCCAAGGAGAGUGUAAGUGUACUGGCCAAAAGUAAGUGCAGGACUGACCCGCAGCCCGCGGCCCCCCCCCCCGCCGCCGCCACGAAGACUCACACAAAACCCCCAGAAGGGAAAUGUCCUCCCGGCCCCCCAGCCAAGGGCGGUCCCAAGCAGAGGGAUCCGCCCAGAGAACCCCACGUUCAGACGACCCCCGACCCCAGCCAGACGGAGGCCCCGCCGCCACCCGAGCGCCAGGCCUCCGCUCGGCCGACGCCUCCCCCGAGAGAAGCCCCGCCCAGAGCCUCGCCGCCGCCGGCUCACGACUGGAAGGCCAGACCGCCCCCCGCCAAGACCGCCCCUCCCUCGUCGGCUGGGAAGACCUCGCCAGCUGGCAGACAAGGCCUCGAUCCCAAACACAAGGACCCCCUCCACCACGGGCCGAGACCAAAAGAGGCGGCGGCCGACGCCCCCCCCCCGCCCGACCCGCCGAGGAGAGAGCCGCCGAGCGGCGAGGGCCGGGCCUCCGGCGCCGCGUUCAGGGCGGCCAAGGAGGGCCCCAGGGCCAAACCGGACGCUCGCGGUGGGGGGGCGCCGCCGCCGCCGCCCCCCCCACCGGACAAACAGGUGGCGUCCUCCGGCAAGAGGGAGCCGGAGAGGAAGAAAAAAGAGGUCGCUCAAGAGGUCGCGUCGGCGCAGAAAAACACAAAGAGAGACGCGACCAGAGCCGGCGGCGCCGAGCGGGACGCCGGCAGGAAGCAGCAAAAGGAGUCGCCGCGUAGUUCCUGCCAUAAAAAGUAGAGGGGGGAGGGGCCAGAAGGAGGAGGGGGGGGCAGGGCAGCGGCUAUGUGUUGUUAGAGAAGGUUUUGUGGAAGCAGCAUCAACAUCAUCAUCAUCAUCAUCACCAACAUCAUCAUCAUCAUCAACCGGGCAAGCUGUGUGUGUGUGUGUGUGUGUGUGUGUGUGUGUGUGUGUGUGUGUGUGUGUGUGUGUGUGUGUGUGUGUGUGUGUGUGUGUGUGUGUGUGUGUGUGUGUGUGUGUGUGUGUGUGUGUGUGUGUGUGUGUGUGUGUGUGUGUGUGUGUGUGUGUGUGUGUGUGUGUGUGUGUGUGUAGGAAGUCGUUUGCUGAUCAUUUCUGGUGUUUUACUUUUCACGUCAGUUUGGUUUUUGUUCCUGCUUUGUGCAAUCAGCGUGGGGGGUGGAGGGGGGGCGGGGUUGGCUAGGCUCCGCCUCUCGGCUGAACAGUCCGUGCCAUAUUAGUGAUUUCCGAUGACUUGGAACACUCGAGGGACCUGCAGUGGUUCCGUAGGAUUCUCACCGAGGGGAGAAAAACACGCCCGACUUUUCCCCUCAAACUACAAAUGUGGGAAUCCUAAAUCAGUGAAGGGGCCUUAGAAUUAUGGGAAAUAAAAAUUAAAAAAAACUUGCUGUUCUUGGCAAGCCGUGGUGUUUAUUUACAUUCCUCUGACAUGUGUACAUAUAUUUUUGGGGAAUUUUUAUGCAAUAUGGUGUAAAUAUGAGAGCACUGUGGGGCUUACAUGAUUGUCAUUUGUACUAAAUGUAUAGAUCAAUAUUAUGAGCUGCUGAAGUCAGCUCCCAGGAUGCAUCUCACCAGGCCUCUUCUCUGUGACUCAACAUUUGGCGUUGGGGAGGUUGGGGGGGGGGGGGCAGAUGGGCUGUUUCUGAAAAUGUAGCAUUAAUUAACGAAACUGAGGGCCUUCAGCAUCUCGCAGGAAUGUCUGUGUGUAAAAUAUGAACCACGUGUCAGAUGUUACUGCAGAGGGGGCCUCAAAAGAUUUCCACGUGGGGGGGGUUGGGGUCUUUGUUGUGUGUUUUUGGUGUUUCAGAGGAAUCAAAGCUUCACAGGCGUAGUUCACACUCAAUGUUAAACACUUGGUACUAAUGUAGGCUGUCGUGUAUCCGCGUUCACUUUCUGCAACACACACACACACACACACACUCUCUGAAUGAAUAAGAAACCCUAAAGGAGGAGACACUAAGUGUGUGAUGCAGUUUUGGCUCUGUUGUGACGGAAUAUAAAGUUUAUCUUUUGAGAUUUUAGAAUCUGAUGUUUACUCAGAUAUUGUUGAUGCGUAGAACAAAAGCACCUUAAUGUUUGGCCCGACGUUUCGGGAGGGCGAGAAGAAGGAAGUGGAACUGGAAUGAUUCAUGAAUUCAGAUUUAAACAAGUUUCGUUAGAACAAACUUUUCUUCUUUUUUUCCUCCGGUGACGACUGACAUUUAAAAUCUGCAAAGCACAUUCAGUGUCUGUUUACGAAGCAUCGUGGAUGUAUAUUUUGUAUAUCGUUGAUUUGCCAAAUCUGUGUUGUGUGUCAGAGAUGGUGUUUAUGGUGUUGGAUAAGAACACGUGUUCGUGCUGUGAUCGAUGUCCUUUCACACGUUCUUCUCUCUCUGCUCGUCUUUUCGAUUCCCCUUUUUUUUUUUUUUUCUUCCUCCGUGCAAAACUAGUAUUUAGAUGAACUCUUACGAUGGUUUGUCUUUUAGAACAUGUGCAAUAAAAGUGUUUUGAGUUUUGUAUUUCGCCCAAGGAAAGCUCUGUGGGUGUCAUAGAUGUUGUAUAUUAAAACAGAUAUUUAUACUUCUAAUGUUGCGUCAUACUGAAAAUAAAAUGGAAUUAUAAGCUGA